AUGGCAUUUCAAGUAGUAGUUCUUGCAGGAGGCAGAGGCCAAAUGCUAUACCCUCUCGCAAAUCACACCCCAAAAGCCCUUCUUCCUAUUGGAAACAAGCCUAUGCUCGCUUACAUUCUUGAAACUCUUGACAGGUCUGGUGAAGAUUUCAGUCGUGGAAUCCUAAUCGCAACAAAUGAUCAAUACUACACUGAAAUUUCUGAAUUUUUAAGCAGAUAUAUUCAACUCAAUUCCAACACAUAUAACGUCAUAAACGUCCCUGAGGAAUUUCCUGGAACUCUUGGCACUCUCCGAUAUUUAUUUUCUCAGAAGCUGAUAACAUCUGAUAUUAUGGUAGUCAGCUGUGAUUUAUUAGUAGACCAUACCAUUAUUCCGGAUUUUAUAAAACAAUUUCGUAUAGAAAAUUCGUCAUUUUCUAUGCUGCUGCAUAAUGGGACUGCAGCUAAUGAAGAAAUGCAAAUUUUUGGAGUCAAUGAAAAUAGGGUCCUUACGAUUUUUGAUUGGAUCAAUAUUAGUGAUUCAGAUGGGCUUGUUUUGCCAAAAAGAUUAUUAUGCUAUGCUGAAUUAAAAGAGAAAUAAUUGUAUUAGUAAUGCCAAAUUUAUUUUUAAAUAAACUAUAGCAGUAAUUCUUAAGAGAUUAAAUUAAUAGGAAAUACAAAAAUGCCCACAAAUUGAGUUGAGAAAUGACAUGAUUUCAUCUUACUGCUAUUUAUUUAAAAAGUGACUAUUAAAUAAUAUCCUUACUAGUGAUGACGACAAAAUUGAGAUGAUGCUUGAUAUCAAAGAAGAUCUCGUCCCUUUCCUUCUCAAAAAACAAUUUUCAAGCUUAUUUUUACACCAAUUUGCGUACGAAGAAGAUAGCGACGAAGAAGAACCAGGGAAAAUCCCUAUAAAAACGUUUAAAAUCACUUUUUAUUUAUGCCCUGAAGACGCUUUUUGCAGAAGAGUCCAACUCAUCAAGCAAUAUUUAGAAACCAAUAUGCUUAAGCUCAGACCACUGGCGAAUGACGAAAAGAAAAAACAAGAAGCGAAGCCAAUCCCAAUGGUCCUUGAAAGCACAGGAAAUAACGCAAGAAAUAUAUUAAACAACUAUUACAGAGCUGGAAAGAUAACAAAUAAUAUUCCCCCAGAGAUGAAAAGUAUUUCAAAUGAUUCGAUUAUUGCUGAAAAUAUAGUGAUGGGACAAAAAUCAAGCAUUACAAAAUCAAUCAUAGGGAAAGAUGUGACUAUUGGCAAAGGAUGCAAAAUUGUGCAAAGUGUUAUUAUGGAUCAUGUGAUAAUAGAAGAUGAGUCGAAUAUUAAUAACAGCAUCAUUUGCUCUAGAGCUGUGGUAGGGAGUAAGUCUAAAGUCUUGAACUCUCAAUUAGCGCAUGGAAGUAGAACGGAGCCAGGAACAAUGCUGAAAGAAGAAAUUAGGCUUGGAUAA